AUCGGAGACGCAUGCAUAGGCGCUAUAAACAGCAACCUUCAGCUGAGGCCAGGAACGGCGCGACCUAUUAAUCCACGGAGAAGUUGUCUGCUGGAUAACAGCAGCUACAAUUGUUUUAAAUAUAACUGCGCAAUCCCUGCUGUUGUGUCUCUUCAUUAAAACUCCUUAGGCGAUAUACCUAGUUCGAAGAUGCUUUCGCGAAUUUUCCGGGUAUGGAGGCCAAUCCUCCUCCUCUUCCUUAACCUGGUUCUUGCGGUGCAUUCCACAUCGCCUAAUUCGACAUGUCGCUGUUUUCCGGGCGACAGCUGUUGGCCAACCAUUCAGCAAUGGCAGCAAUUCAAUGAGACAAUUGGAGGCAGACUGAUUGCCACGAUACCCAUCGCCAGCGCCUGCCAUAACGAUGGUUUUUCGCCGUACAAUGAAACACAAUGCGCCCAGUUACAAUCUGUCUGGGGAUUUCCAGAGACUCAUUAUGAAAGCUCCUCUUCGAUCAUGGCUCCGUUCUUCGCGAACCAGAGCUGUGAUCCAUUCCUUCCUAAAGAAGCACGCUGCAUCAUCGGGACCUAUAUCCAGUAUGCAGUGAAUGCGAGUAGCGCAUUGGAUGUCCAAAAGACGAUCGCCUUUGUCAAAGGGCACAACAUUCGCCUUGUCAUCCGCAAUACAGGCCAUGAUUAUCUCGGGAAAUCGACGGGAGCAGGUGCUGUCGGUAUCUGGACUCAUCAUAUGAAAGAUAUUGAAUUCCUCGAUUACCGGUCUCCAUCAUAUACCGGGAAGGCAGUCAAAGUGGGAGCCGGCGUGCAGAUAUUUGAGGUAAACGAAGCUGCGCACGCCCAAAGCCUCGUGGUGGUGGGAGGCAAUUGCCAAACUGUAGGCAUUGCCGGAGGCUACUCCCAAGGAGGAGGGCAUGGUCAACUCGCCUCCAAGUUUGGUCUUGCAGCAGACCAGGUACUGGAAUGGGAGGUUGUCACAGCAGAUGGAGAUCUUGUGACAGCAUCGCCAUCAGAAAAUGCGGACCUUUACUGGGCCCUGGCGGGUGGUGGAGGUGGAACAUAUGGGGUUGUCUUGUCUAUGACUAGCAAAGCCUACCCAGAACUUCAGACGGCGACAGCAAACUUGACUUUUACUAAUACCGGCGUCUCUCAAGAGACUUUUCUUGAGGCUGUGCAGACAUUCGUUACUGGUCUCAAUCCCAUACUGGAUGCUGGCGGGGUGAGCAUCUGGUUGUUGACCAAUUCAUCGUUUUCCACGACACCCACCACUCUUCCAGGGGGGACAAAAGCUGAAUUACAGAACCUUCUGAGCCCGUCCCUCAAAGCAUUAGAGAAGAGCAAUAUCACCUACACUUAUUUCAUUGAUGAGUUCUCGACUUAUUAUGAAAGCUACCAAGUGAUGAACCCAGUCGCGAAUAUCACUGAAGCACAGAUGGGAGGACGACUCAUUCCACGUUCUCUGAUAGAUUCGAAUGCUGAAGCGCUCACGACCGCCUUCCGGAGAAUUCUCGCCUCUGAGACUGGUGUGGUCCUUUCGGGAAUCUCAGUAAACGUUUCGCGACAAGACGCGCCAGACAACGCUGUAAAUCCUUUCUGGCGUGAGUCUGUACUGGACCUUGUGAUUGGGACACCCUGGAGUUACACUGACUGGGAUCACGACCUUGCUGAUCGGAAUCUAAUCACCAAUGAACUUCUCCCUAUCCUCGAAAGAUUAACUCCCGGAGGGGGCGGUUACCUCAACGAGGCGGAUUCUGACCAGCCACACUGGCAACGGGUCUUCUAUGGGUCGAACUACAAGGCCCUCUCCGCAAUAAAAGAGAAGUAUGAUCCAGAUCACAUCUUCUACGCAGUGACCGGAGUAGGUAGUGAAAGGUGGAUACAGAAGGCAGAUGGGAGGUUAUGUAAGUUGUAGAAGGCAGAUAAUUUGAGUUGAUCCUGCAAAUCUAUUCAAGGUAGUACAUAAGAUGACAAUUCCGAAUUUAUGUUAGCAGAUUUGAGCUUCUUCCUCUAAUUCCAUCC